AUGAUGCCUCUCGCACCGACUCCUGUGGUGGCGGUGCCAUCGAAGCCGAAGAUAGGAUUCAGUAUAGACAGUAUAGUCGGUGCGGAGAAGCAGACGUCCCCGCCGCUGGCUAGUCCGGGCUCCCCGUCUCCCGUCGCGUCCCCGAGGACUCCGCGCAGUCCGUCUCCUAGACCGCUCUUGAGGCCCAGCGCGCUCCCGGCGGUGUUCCCUUCGCCCGAGUUGAAGAGGCUACCGUAUUUGGACGCUCAGAGCCAUCAUCAUCAAUUCUUAGCGCACUUCCAAGGGGCGGCGUUAGCUGCGGCGCUCGCUCAUCAACAGCAGGGAUUCGGAGCCCCCCUUCCACCGCACCCUCCCCCGCAUCCAGCAGCGCCCGUGCCCAGGGAAUCCUACCAACUGUACCCGUGGUUAAUCAACAGGCAUGGAAGGAUAUUUCCUCAUAGAUUUCCCGGAGGUCCAGACAUACCCGGCUUCCUACUCCAGCCCUUCAGAAAACCGAAGAGAAUCAGAACGGCCUUCUCGCCAUCGCAGCUCCUCAAACUGGAACACGCCUUCGAGAAGAACCACUACGUGGUGGGGGCGGAGAGGAAACAGCUCGCGCAGGCGCUGAGCUUGACUGAGACCCAGGUCAAAGUGUGGUUCCAAAAUAGAAGAACGAAGCAUAAAAGAAUGCAGCAAGAAGAAGAGGCAAAGACUGGCAAGUCCAGUUCUUCUGGUAACAAGCCAGAGGAACACUUCAACAAUUCCUAUGAUGAGGACGAGGAACUAAUAGAUAUGGACAUGGAUGACCUUAGUGAAAGUGAGAACGAAACGUAG